GGGUGGGAUGAGCCAGCUGGGUCUCUGGUGGGGACCAUUUCUAUAUAAUCGACGGUGAAGGUGCCCGUCUCUCCAUAUCCUAUCAGUGACCACGUUUCUUUAACCGUCAUCUUCCACGUCUAUCCUUAGUUUUCCAAGAGACAAGUGAUACAAGAUGAUGCUGGUGCCGCUGGCCCUAGUGCUGUUCGCGGCGUUCGUCAACGCCGAACCGGCGAUCAAUGAGGCUCGACCGCACGGCAACAAACCUGGAAGAUUCCUGUCUCUUCCGAUAGCCCAGAAGUGCGCGAACCGACCGAAGCAGUUCAACUUCCGAGGUCACAAUUAUUUCUAUAGCGGACACGUGUCGGCUCACGCCAAUCAGAAGGUGGACUGGCUGGACGCCAGGAACAUUUGCAGAGAGUAUUGCAUGGACCUCAUCUCGAUAGAAACUCAAGAAGAGAACAACAUGAUCUUCAGGCUCAUCCAGCAGAACGACGUGCCGUACAUCUGGACGUCCGGACGUCUCUGCGACUUCAAGGGCUGCGAGAACCGACGUGACCUCGAGCCCAAGUCCCUCUACGGCUGGUUCUGGUCGGCGAAUCGCGAGAAGAUGGCGCCUACAAAUCAGUCGCCGAACGGCUGGGGCUUCAACCCGUGGUCGCAGACCGGCCACAAGAAGGUCAGACAGCCGGACAAUGCCGAGUACGACAUCAACGGCACCAACGAGUCCUGCAUGUCCGUCCUGAACAAUGUCUACAACGACGGCAUCGCCUGGCACGACGUCGCGUGCUACCACGAGAAGCCGUUUGUCUGCGAGGACUCCGAGGAGCUGCUGAACUAUGUCGCCAACACCAACCGCGGUAUCCGCCUUUAAUGCGAUCGCGGUCAGCCUUGACUCGCGCUGAUCACGAUCGUCCAUCAGCGUCACAUCAGCACCCACUCCUUCCCUCCUUUCCUCCCCCGACUCUCUGUCUUUCUCUCCUCUCUCUCUCUCUCCAUCUUUCCCUCUCUAGACUUACCAACGCGGAGCCGACGAGACACGUGCCAAUGGGGGCAUGCGAUUUCCACGUGGUGAUCGUGUCAUCCUUGGUCCUCGGGUGAUCGGUCCUUCCCCAAGAUCGCAUUGGACGUUACAUAGGAUUCGCGAGCGCCAUUGCAAUAGAAUUGUAAUUUCUAGCACAAAAAUUGUGAAAUAAUGUAUCUUACGAUGAAGUAAAUUUUAGGUAAUUGCCAUUGAAUCUGUUGAUUGUCGUUAUUGUUUAUUCACAUUAUUGUUUUUUCAUACUUUUAAAUGAAUUUCCUAAAUUUUAUAAAUUCUCCGUUUAGGCGGCUUCUUCUACCCAAGAAUGAAGUUUUCAUGCGAUAAAAGAGAGGAAAUGAGAGAAAGAAAAAAUAAUUUUAAUUUGUUUAAUAUGAUUAUCAAAGAAUUCUAUGGGAAUUCUAGCGAUUCUACGGGAAGACAGGUGCGUUAUUGGUGGUUCGAUUACUCGAUGUUUGAUAAUGAACAACUUCAGAAACGUUUUCCAAACAAAAUACGAAAAUAUAUAGCUUAAAGUGAAUCGUGCGAACGAUUAUGUCGUACAAUGAUUAUGCUCAUUGCGUUCAUUGCGUUAUUCGACGAUUUCAACCUAAAGUAUCAUAUAAAAGUAAUCAUAUUUAUUUGUAUUAGCAAAGUUUAUGGUACAAGAGAAUUUUGAACUGACUGAACAAGAGUAAUCAAACGUGCCUCGUCGCUGCGCUCCACCUGCAAUCGAAGAAACUCCGCAAUAAUUUUUGUAUCUCGUUUAAUUUGUAAUCGCAAUAUCCGCUGAAGAGUAAUUAAUUGUGUACAUGUAUUUAUUGAUAGGCAUUUGGCUGGAGGUCUCUGUACAUUUAUGAAUAAAACGUUAAUCUUACAUAAA